UUUGACAGCGCAUUUGUUUUGAUGGUAAAGACGAAAAAAAUAUUGUUGAUACGGUACAUUUUUAUCAACAGCGUUUCAAUAUUCUAAACGGAGGGAAACGCCACAAAUUUGUUGUUUUGCGAAAUAGCGCAACUGUGAAACAUAAUGGCGAAUCGUCCCAUCGUAACAGGCCUUUCACCAAAGGAGGGUCCACCUGGGACGCGUGUCACAAUACGCGGAGAGUUCCUCGGUUCGAAAUCGACCGAUCUGGUUGGGCUCACCAUCUGCGGCUGUGAUUGUCUGCUCUCGGCGGAGUGGAAAUCGGACAAGAAGAUAAUUGCCCGCACGGGCGCUGCGAAAGGCAAGGGCGACAUAAUCGUGACCACACGUUACGGGGGUGUUGGUACUUCUACAGUGCAAUUCCGAGCCUACUAUGAAACUAUCGGACCCAUGAAGGAGUCGGCCGUGUGGAUCGAAGAAUCACCGAUGCAGUCUCUAGCAUGGGGAAGACGCUCGUUGGCACCUACGGGAUACAUCCAAGAAGAUCCGCUAGGGCUGUCGAUCGAAGGAAACGAUAAGAAAUUUCCCGAGGAUUUGCGGGAUAUUUUUCCCGAGGGGUCAGGUGAUUUGUCGCAGGAGAGCUUCCUUCCUGGGUGGUUUUUACUGGAGAACCAUCAUGCGACUUCAUUCGAGGAUUUGAAGGCCGGGCUAUCCUAUCUACGGCGUCGAGUGGAGAGUCAGAAGGAAGGUCAAUUGUCCUUCCUGAAAUCGAACGCCGGUUCGGUGAUUGACCAGCUGGAUACACUGAUGGCACUGCGGGAUCGCGUUACGCAGGAUACGAAGCUGCACGGCAAAGAUCAGGUUAGUGAUCUGGACGUAGCAAUAAAGAAUUCCAUUGCUGCCUCCCACGAGCUGUUCAAAGAUGUGCUGGCACGAAAAGAAAAGGCAGACGCAACCAGGGCGGCACUAUCGGCCCUAUCGAGACACAAGUUUCUGUUUUGCUUGCCCAAUUCGGUAGAGAAAAGCUCGGAAAGGAACGAAUUCGACAUAGCUGUGAACGAUUACGCCAGGGUGAAGAAUCUUUUCGGAAAAACAGAGGUUCCGGUUUUCAAGAAAGUACUCGAGGAAGUAGAUCACAAAAUUCUCGCAAUCCGUCGAAAACUACACAGCAAGAUACAAGAGAUGCCACAGGGCGUUGAGCAGCAGAAAAAGCUGGUGAAAGCGCUGAUAAGUUUGGAAGCCCAGCAAACGGGAACGAGUGUACACGGCAUGUUUUCGGUAGCUGAUCCUGCCUGGGAUGCUAUAGAAGCUCGCGCAAAGUAUUUGGAAGAGACUUUCCUGAAAUCGUAUGAUCAAUAUUCCUCGAAGGAAGCUAAUCCUGGAGAAUCAAAAUCACGUGCCGAUCCAAACGCUGUGCCCAAUCGAGUCCAGUUUUGCGAGGAAAUGACUGAGAUUGCCGCCAGUCAGUUUCCCGAUCUUUGGCGACUGGGACAGGCAUAUUUUACCGGAGAACUGCGAGGAGCCGGUCAGCCGAAACCGGGUAACUUCAAGCGGAUAAUACUUACGGUUAUUGAACAGUUUUGCUCGUAUCUGAAGGCCGCUCUGAUUCCACAUAAUAGUCAACGUUCAUUUCUUGCCAAUAAUAUGAAGGGUCUUCCUAGCUGGCCGGCGAGCAAUUUGUCGUUGAAUUAUUUGAUUACUUGGUUGCCACAUUGUUUAAGAUAUGUGCGAGUUUCGUACGCAACUUUGAUACGCUUGGAUUUGCCAAGUGAAGCGUUGGACAUCGUGCUGAAGCUCAUCGAUGAAUUGCGCUUGUAUUAUUUGUCCACAAUUUUGAAGAAAGCCAAUGAGAAGGUGAAGAAGCUCCACGAGAAAGAAACCUGGGAGUUCACCGUGGAGGAAUUCGCCGGCGCCACGGGGCUGCCUUUGAAACUGGAGGAAAUCCUUUCUGAAGCGAUUGAGGACGCUCAUGUUAUUUGUCUCACCCCAGAAAUACGUGAGAAUACUCUCCUGGAGCCCCAGUCGGACGGGCAGAGAGAAAUGGCCAAGCGUUUUCAGGAAACCCUGGCCACAUUCUGUGGCGUGAUAGAAACGUUGGCUCUCCAGCGCUCCGAUGAGGAUCCACAGCAAGCUCCGAUAUUGUCGCAACUGAUUGGUUUCCCAACGGCCCCUCUCCAGCAGCAGUUAUCUGGAGACAAAAGUUGGGGCUACAGCAUCAGCUGGGAACAGCGAUUGUUAUGUUGCCUGUCCAAUUGUAUCUACAGUAAUAAGAUAUUUUUCCCCAAGUUGGGUGGAUUGUUUACAAAGCACAAUUAUCCGGUGCCGACGAUCGCGAUUGAAAACUCUCGCUCGACCGUAAACACGCUGUUCAGCAGUUUGCUGGAUAUGUACGUGGAGCACAAGAGUGACCCACUGGUUGGAACAAUCGAACCAUCGAUGUACAUUGGACGCUUCCAGUGGGAUCAGGUGGGGACUUCCGAGAAGCUGAGUCCCUACGCGCACGAGUGCUGCGAUAAUUUGGUGUCCGUUUAUUCGGAGAUAUUCUCGAUAUCGCCCGUUCUGUUGCGACCAGUGCUGGAACCGAUUGUGCAGACUGUAGCGGAAGAGUUGGCCCGGCUGAUGACCUGCGUCCAGAAGUUUAAUGUUAAUGGGGCCUUGCAAGCCAGGGUUGAUAUUCAUGUGAUAAGGGACGCGGUGCGGGUUUACAGCAAUGAGACGGCAAAAUCAUUUUUCAUGGAAGCACUUGAAGCUAUUCCGCAAGUUCCAGAAAGUGAGGAAAGAGUUCAGGAGACUGUGAAGAUAAUCAAGAACAACAUGCGCCUCCAGUUAAUGUGUUUGAAAGUUGUGGAUCCUUGACAUGGCACUAUCGAUUUCAGAAUGUGGAAAACAAUGACAGAUAAAAAUAAUCCAUACAAGAUUCUGAAAAAGUAAGUCCGAAGUAUUUAAAUAUCUCUACCUAAUUGUUUCUAAAAGAAGGAUAUACCCCGGUGGAAGCCCCGAUUAUCCGCGAGCGGAUGACCCGUGGUGCGGGUUAUUCGCGAAAGCGGGAUCCAUAGAGCGUCCCGAAAUUUAUCAGUGAGAGGUAGGCACUUGCUCUUUUGUUUUGAUCAUGGCAGAUGAAUAGUUUAAUGAUUGCUGUAUUGAUACAACACAGUUUCCAUGCUGAAAUAUUUUUAUUUUGUGUUUGUGCCGUUUUGUCUCAAAUUCCGAACACUUAAGCCAUCAAACAGUGUCUUAUCACUCAAAAUGGUACUUUUUCGUGAAAUCUAUGUGGUUUUUGGAUACAAUGGAGCCUUUUAUUUCAUUUUUCUACCAUAAAAUCGAUGUACAUAUACAUAUACAUAUUCAUGGUGAAACCCCAAAAAUAUGUAUGAUUACAUUUGUCUCAACACAAAAAAAAAUCAUUACUUUUUAGCUACUAGACCGAUUGAAGAUGGUCGAUAUAUCAAAUUAAGGCCAGUUCGUCUUUGAAAAAAUACUAUACUCAAAUUUUAUAUCAAAUGUCAAAUUAAAGAUUCAAAUUCCGAAUUUGUUGACGCAAACAUUUUAUUGCUGGUUUGGCAGUAACUUUUUUGUAAAUGUUUAGUAUUAUAAGAUAUAGGCAGUAUCGAUACCUGUAAAUGAUGUUAAAAUGAAUCCUAUACCACAAAGAAUGUCAGGGUUUUUAUUAUUCAAUUAUUUAUAACAUUAAAGAGCAGUAAAUUUACAUUUAAAAAUGAACUGUACGGUAUUUGAGAACAAAUUUUUUCGUUAUUCGCGGAGACCUAGCCAGACUAUUUCGUGGAUAAUCGGGGUUCUACUGUAUUUAUUUUUGAAGAAAAUACCUUAAUUGUAUUGCAUCAUAUGAAAUUCGAUUCUAUCCAAACACACGAUUAUAUAACCUGUUGCACAUAAAAACUGAUGCUUGUGUCGUGAUUGAAGCCGAAAUCCAAAACAAUUUUCAUCUAAUGCGACGUAUUUUUGUAUUUGCGAGGAAAAAUAGAAGUUUUACAGCGUUAAAAUCUACGUAGGGUAAAUAGGGGCUAUAUGACCAGGCGGAGCAAAAUGGGCCAUCAUUCAUUUGGGCUUGUUAUCUAUAUAACGCUUUAACA